AGGUGUAUUCAGUGGGCCGUGAUUAGACAGGCAGCUGAGAUGGUACCGGGAAGCCGGUCUGAGAGGCCGUAGGCCGCCCGACUCUCUGCUACAUUGUCCCGGCUGCUUGUCGGAAUGGCCAUGAACGAGGCGAGCCUGGAGGCGGCUAUCGAACUGUAUAAAGCGCAGCUGCAGCAGGUGGAGGCGGCGCUGGGAGCCGAGAACCAGCCCGAGGCCGAGGCUCAGUCUGACCUGCUUCAGCUGCAAGCUGAUCUGCAGCAGCUGAUCGCGCUCACCGAGUCCAGUCUCCUCUCGGUCCGCAAGAGCCAGCUCUUGGAGCAGUUGCACCAGACGGCUUCCCCGGGGCCCGAAUCUGGAGAAGGGGCUCAGCUGGACGCAGAAUAUGCCGCCUUCCAGGCUGCUCUGGCCGGGGAGCCUGACGGCGAGACGGUGGGGAGGAACCAGGACCCCGAGGCUGGUGAUGAGGUACCGGAGGGAUCUGAGGAAGAGAUCAGCGGCACUAAGGUGCGGGCUCCCUACCGCACGCCGUGGGGGCCACUGCAAUAUCACAACGCCAUGAUCGUGGGCAUCGAGAGCGACGAGCCACCAGAACCUACCGUUCGUGUCCUGUGGAUCCAUCCAACCCAGCGCGCCAUGAAGCCUUGCCCCUUCUAUCUCAAUGGGACAUGUCGCUUCCAGGACUCCUGCAGAUACUCGCAUGGAGAGGUGGUGGCUAUAUCUGAACUACGGGAAUUUGAAGAACUGGACCUCAGUUCACUUGAAGUGGGGUCAUCCUGUUUAGCUAAAUUUGAAGAUGAGAUUUGGUACCCAGCUAAAAUCCUAGAUAUAGACAAUGGUUACUUUACAGUAAAAUUUGAAUCCUUGCUUCAGAAAGAAAUGGUAGUGGAAGGGGAUGGGAUUAUGCCAGUUCAUCAGACUGAUGAGUCUUCCUCAUCAUCUAGCUCUGAGGAUGAAGGCCAACUUGGUUAUGCUAAAGUUUUGGAUACAAAAUCUGAGGGGAUAGAAAGUUGGACUGCAGCUUCCAGCUCGUCAUUUGCUGGUUGGGAAGCCCACACUCGUGGCAUGGGAUCCAAACUAAUGAUUAAGAUGGGUUAUGAAUUUGGCAAAGGUUUAGGAAAAAAUGCUGAAGGUCGAUUGGAACCUGUACAUGCAGUGGUUUUACCACCAGGGAAGUCCCUGGAUCAGUGUACUGAAAUCCUGCAAAAGAAGAGAGAAGGAAAACUGAACCAUCUUCAUAAAAAGAAACACAGGAGGAAAGGUCAAGGGGGUUCAUGUGUUAAAGAGAGAAAACCUCAACAAACUGUGUUUGACUUUUUGAAUGAUAAUCUUAAAAGUACUGGGCAAACUAGCAGCUUGUCAGUUCAAGCUGAAUUUCCAAAAAGAGAGAGAAACAGCAAAGAAUGUUACAAGGCAAGCAAAAGCACAAAGAAAAUUCUAAGUAUCCAGCUCUUUCAGAUAAUGCAAAAGAUAGACCAUACUGAAAAGGACAUUGCAAAAAUUAUGGAAGCACUUGCAAGAAACGUUGGAAGAGACAAAGCAGUAACUUCUCAUCUGGAAGAGAAGUUGUCUAAUGCAAGGAAGCAAUUGUCCUAUCUAAAGUCUCAGGAAUCCGGGGCCCAGCGUGAACAAAAGAGAGCAGACACGCACAAGAUGAUGACCAAAUUCUGAUUUUAAAUCUUACAGUGCUGUUUGUUCAUUUUUGAAGUGUACCAAUUUGUGCGGCAUUUUCCUCUGUAAAAUAUAUGCAAUGAAAUUGAUGUGUAAAAAUGGUCCUUAGUGUUUGUGUUAUUAGUAUCUCUUUUUGAAGGUUUCACUAAAAAGUAAAGAUUUUUUCCAUUAGAAACUUUAUGUGAGUGCUCUGACAUCACAGUUGCUCUACUAACUUUUUAAAAAAAUACUUUUUAAGACGGUAACUGUUUCAGUCAUGUAAAUUAUAAGCUGCAGUCCUGAAAAUUGUGUUCACCUGUGAUUUUGUACAACUUAAAAACACAGAGUUAAACUCAAGGCAAACCUCAAAUUGUUCAGAUCAAACUCGUAAUAGUGUAAAAUAAGUAUUUGAAAAUAAAGAAAUUUUCUGUUUUCAUGUG